AUGGAAGACAACAGUGAAAUCACGUUAGAUCAGCUAACCGGUGAAGCUCAACGCCUGCUUAACCUGCGCCAAGAUAGCAACCUUAUCUCAAACACUGCGCAUGAGGUAAACGCAGUGAGAAAGAAUGAGACGAAACAACAAAACAUCAAAGGAGGUGGCAAGGAAGCGAAAGCAAAAGAAGCGUUAGUUCGUGUUGUAGAAGAGGAACUGUUACUUUUCGGAGCAGACAGUAUGGAUGUUUUCGGGCUUUGGAAACAGCCACUUGAUGCCUUUUGCAACAUCGUUGGGUGUGUUAAAGAUGCCGCAGCAGCUGUGAUUCAGCAAUUUCCAUCGUUGUUCUCGAACGAACUUGGUCGUUGUGAUAAGAUGAAAAUUAGUCUACAGUUGAAGGAUGACGUGAAUCCUGUAUUUCGCCCGAAACGUCCAGUAGCGUAUGCUAUGCAGUCGAUGGUUGAAGAUGAAUUGACCAGGUUAGAGGACAAUUUCGGAAAUGCCGACAUACUGUCCAGGUUAAUGGACCGACACGAGAAACCGGAGGAGGACUACGUCAUUGCUAGUAUCCAGCUAGAGGAUGAUAUUAAUCAUCUAGUAACCAGUGCUACUCAAGCCCUACCGUUGAACUUUAAAGAUUUGGAGCGUGGUACACAAGCAGAUCCUUUGUUAAGGAAGGUGUUCCAGUUCGUCCAAAAUGGUUGGCCAAAGGGUGAAGAGAAGACUGAAGACCUAAAGCAAUUCUUCGCACGACGAGAGGCCUUAUCUACGGUUGGAAAAUGCCUCUUAUUCGGAGAACGGGUAGUAGUUCCCGCGAAUCUUCGGAAUCGAGUGUUAAAACUGCUACACAAAGGUCAUCCUGGAGUAUGCCGCAUGAAGGCGCUUGCAAGAGGGUAUGUGUAUUGGCCGAAAUUGGACAGCGAAAUCGAGAAUGCAGUGAAGACGUGUCAGUCGUGUGCAAGUGCGGCGAAAUCUCCAGAGCAUUGCACACCAGUAGAUUGGCCAAAAACUACAGGCCCCUGGCAGCGUAUUCACGUUGACUACGCUGGACCUAUGGAGGGAGAGUAUUAUUUUCUGGUUGUAGAUUCCUACUCGAAAUGGCCGGAAAUAAUACCAACGCGUCAAACCACAGCACAAGCGACAGUUCAAAUGUUACGGGGAUUGUGUGCACGGUUUGGUAUACCAGAAACUGUCGUAAGCGAUAAUGGAACACAGUUUACAAGUUCGGAGUUCCGUGACUUUUGUAUGGAGAAUGGUAUUCAUCACGUGCGGACUGCGCCAUACCACCCGCAGUCAAACGGCCAAGCCGAAAGGAACACGCCGAAUAGAAUCUUGGAUCAAAAAUCGCCGGGGGAGAUGAUGUUAAAUCGCAAGGUUCGAACGUCUCUGGAGAUGUUGCGUCCAUCAUUUCGCGAUAUUCGACCAGCGGAUCCAGUGGUGGCCGACGAAGCUACUAGGAGGAGUUUCUCCAUAAACGACCGUGUCUACGCAAAGCGAUACCAUCGAAACGACUGGGAAUGGGUAUCUGGAGUAGUCGACAAGCGCGUGGGUAACGUAAUGUACAUGGUCAAAAUCGAUGGCAAGACCUUGCGCUAUCAUGUGAACCAGCUUCGGAUGCGUAAUGCAGAGACCAACGAAGGGCGAACUCAGCAACCAAUGCCACUGAAUGUGUUAUUAGAUGCCUGGGAUAUGUCUGGAACAACGGUGUCAGCAUCCUCAUCUGAAACAUCGGCAGCGACUACAACAAAUCUUGCGGAACGUGAGAUGACACCUGCGGAUGGUACAGAAGCAAGCCUACGCCGCUCGACGAGAGUGAGGAAGCAGCCUGCGUGGUUGGAGGGGUAUCAUCGCAGUUAA